AUGUCCCCAAGCCCAUCGACCCUGGAAUCCCACGUGGUUGGUAAGAGACAAGGCUGCAAUAUUCCCUAAAUCCCACUUCGUCCGUAUAUACCACAACCCAGAGGCACCGGGGGCAUCCCCCCGCAACCGGUCAGUAAAAUCUGAGUUAAAGAUAGAAAGCAUGGAUGAAACCUCUCUCUCUCUCCCUCUUCCCCGCGAUCAAUCUCAAAAAAUCUCAAGAUCCCCUCAUCUAAAUCUCUCUCCAAACUCAAAAAAAAAGACUCCCUCUUCCCCUAUCUCAAUCCCCCCUCUCUCAAUCUACCCUCUCCCGAUCUCUCACCCCCUCUCUCUCCUCCUCUUCCCCCCCUAUCUCUCCAAACCCAUCUCUCUCAUCAUCCCCUCUUUCCCCUAUCGCUCACCAUCACUCUCUCUCCCUCUUCCCUACCCCUCUCUCUCAUCAUACCCUCUUCCCCUAUCUCUCCCCCACUCUCUCUCUCUCAGCUCUCUCCCCUUCUUCCGCCUAUACUCAUCCCCAACACAUCUCAACUCUCUCCCUCUUCCCCUUCUCUCUCUCGGUCCCCACACUCUCUCUCUCUCAAUCACCUCUCCACCUCAACACCCCUCUCUCCUCCCACCCUUUCUCUCAAAUCAAAAUCUCUCCUCCCUCUCCCCCCUAUCUCUCCCCCCUCUCUCUACAUCUCAACCUCUUCCCCCUAUCUCUCUCUCCCUCUCCCACCCGCAUCUCUAAUAUCUUACUCCCCCCCUAACGCUCUCUUUCCCUCCCCCCAUCUCUCUCAAUCCCUCUCCCCCCUUACUCUCUCAUCUAUUCCUCUCCCCCUCUCUCUCUCUCUGUUCCUCUCCCCCGCUUCUCUAUAUCCUUCUCCCCCCCUCUCUCUCUCUUUCCCUUCCCCCCCCCUCUCUCCUUAUCCUUCUCCCCCCGCCCCACUAUCUCUCUCCCCCUCUCUCUCUCUCUCUCUACCUCGCACCCCCUCCUCCAUCGGGUGUACUCCCCCUCAUCAUCAAAUCAAUCCCAAACCAAAAAACAAAACACAUCCACCCUGUCUCUCUCUCUCUCUCGCUCUCCCUCUCACAAUCCACAUCGCCCCCACAUCUCUACUCUACUCCACAAACAUCUAACUCUCUCGCCCUCUCUCAUCUCUCAAUCCCCUCUUACCCCUCUUUCUCUCUAAUCCUGCCCCCCUCUCUCUCUAUCCUAUCUUCAAAUCUCCACUCUCCCCAUCCCUCUCAUCUCUCUCCCUGUCCCUCCCCCUCUCUAAAAAUCUCAUCAAUCAUCCAGCCCACGUAAAAAAAACCCCCUCUCAUCCCUGCCCCACCCUCUCUCUACAAACAGCGUCCCACAACUCUCUAUCCCUCGCAACACCAACCCUCUCACAUCCUUCUCCCCCCGAUCAAUCUCUCCCUCAACACCCCCUCUCAUCCUUCUCCCCCUCUCUCUAAAUCCCCCCCCAUGCCUCUCAAUCAAAUCUUCCUUCUCCCCCCCUCUCACCCCCUCCCCUCCCACAUCUCGCUCAAUCCCCCAUCUCUCGCAAAUCCACACUCCCUCAUAACUCCCUCUCUCAAAAACCUCAUCCAAACCCUUCUACUCUCUCUCUCUCUCUCUCUCCCCUCUCCUUCUCUCUCUUCCCUCUCCCCCCUCGUCUCUCAAACAAAAAACUCUCAACCUCUCUCUCUCUCUCCCUCUCCCCCCUCUCUCUCUCUCCUUCCUCCCCACCCUCUCUCCUCAUAUACACUCUCCCCCUCUCUCAUCAAAUCCAAAUCGCCCCCCUCUCAAAUCUCUAUCCCAUCUUCAUCCCCCUCUCUCUCUAUCCCUCUUUCCCUUCUAAACAUCUCUCUCUAUCACUCCCACUCUCCCUAAAAAAAAACAUCUCAACCCCCAUCUCUAUACAAACUCUCCACCCAUCUCUCCUACCACACAUCUCUCCCUCUCUCAAUAAAUCUCUCUCUCUCAAUCCUCAAUCCCCUCCCCCUCUCUCUCUUAAAACCGCUUCUCCCUCUCCAGCCUCUCUCUCUCCCUCUCACCACCUCUCAUCGAUCGCUCCAAUCCUUCCCAAAAAACUUCCCCCUCAUCUCUCUCAAUCUCUCUACUAUCCAUCUCCACCACCCUAAUCUUCUCCUCUCUAACAAAGAUCUCCCCCCUAACUCAUCUCUCUAUCAACCUCUCCCUUAUCUCUCUCACAAUCUAUCAAACUCUCCCAUUUCUCUCUCCCUCUCCAACCCCAAUCUUUCUCUCCUCAAACUCCCUACUCCCCUACUCUCUCGCUCCAGACCAGAAAUCUCCCCCUUCUCCCAAUCUCAAUCUCCUUAAUCACCUCUACAAAUCUCAACUCUCAUCCCCCUUCUCUGAGGGAUCCUCCCACCAAUAAAAUCAAUCUCAUCCCAGAAUCUUAUUAAUUAAAUGUUCUCUCUGUCCUACACAAAACACUUCCCUCUAAAUAGGAGACUUCCCAGAGGCGGCCAAACCCCACAAUCUCCAAAACCCUCAAAAAUCCUCCCCUCCAACUCCCCUCAUACUCCCCAUCCACUCCCCCUUCCCGGGUCUGAUUUCGAUCCCUUUAAACACAACAAAAUCAUUUUUCUAAUCAUGUUCUGACCUCAACAAACACCCUGCGGUCAAACACAACACUCCUUCAAGCCUCCCACUAUUCAUCAAAAGUUAAAGGAAAACUUUAUCCCAACUGCUGUGUCGUUGGUGUGUAUGAGGAUAUCCAGAUUAAAAAAAAAACAGUGAAAGGGGAAAAAGUAUUUAGUCCGCCACCAAUUGUGCAAUUUCGUCACCACUUAAAAAAGAUAUAGAGCAGGCAAUAUACAAUUAUUCAAAUGCAUCGGUACAAAAAAAAAAACGUCAACUAUUGACAGACCAAUUGGAAAAGAAAAAAUACAAACAAUAAAAAUCACUUGUAAAGGAUUUAAAUUUUAUGAAUUUAAAAAUAUUUGCAAAAAUUAUGUGGAAAAAAAUAAGGUAAAAUAGUAAUCCUCCUUUGACAUAAUGAAUGCAACAAAUAACUCUGUAGAUCAACCAAGCCACUUAUUGACCCAACCGAAGCAAACCAGUGGGUCCACAACACUAUGAAAUGACAUCAUUAACAACUACUUACAUACUUCCCUGUUUACUAAUUACAUCACUUAAACACUGUCUCUUGUAGGCUCAAAAACGUUUCCAAUCGUCCCUGGUGGAUGUGUCUCAGCAGAUGUGUCUAAUGGUUACCAGGACAGAAGUCAGUGGUCUGAGGACAAGGAAAAGUGCAAGCAACUCUGCACAGCCCAUCACACCGUUAUCUGAUCACAAAAACCCAAACCUUCCUCUGAAACCCCAGCACCUCUCACCCUAAGGAACAAAAAAACCCUCCCCCACCGCACAGAAAAAAGAAAAACCCCCCUACCCAAAAACAAAAGAGACUACAGAACACCCUGGACUUAGAGGGAGGGAGGUAAAAAGGGAUAUAGGGUUUUCCCUGGGGAGAGGCAGGGGUGUGGGUAGAGGGACGUCCUGAUGGACUGUUACAAAAACCCGCGGCAAGGGGAAACAACACCACAGGCUGAGACAUUUGGAGCGUUAAUGUAGUGAGCGAAGAAAGAAAUCCUAAAGAGUACCCCAAUACAUUGAGAGGAGAGAAAUCACAUGCUUUAUCACACAUGUCUGCUCAAACUACCAUUACAUUCUAGCUUUUGUCAUAGCUGAAGUCUGUCUGUCAUGCUAAACUACCAAGGCAGCAUGCUAAUGGUUAAAUGCUAUAUCCUGUUACUGUCAAUGCUAAACUACCAGCAUUGCUGACCUUGGAUAAAUGCUGUCUGUUCUGUCUGUCUGAACUAGACUGUCUUACAAAUAAACUACCAUCCUUCUGCUUGUUAAUGCUUGAAUACUGUCUAAGUCUGCUCUGCUAAACACCAAGGAACAUCUGCUUGGUAUGACAGUCUGUCCUGUCUGUCUGUACUAAGACUAGUCUGCUAAACUCGCAUUCUUCUGCAAUUGGUAUGCUGUCGUCUGUCUGUCUGCGUUACUGCUCCAUAUGAACCAACUAAAAAAUACAGUUUUGGUUAUCUACAACCUCCCGCCAUUAAAUUCAGUUAUCCACCACAAUCCAUGACUGUUUGGACUAUCGUUUAGUCCCACCUUGACUGUUUGGACUAUCCGAAUUAGUCACCCACCUUAAGAACUGUUUGGACUAUCAGUGAGUCAACCCCAGGCCCUGACUGUUUGGGACUAUCAGUUUAGUCCCCAGCCUUACUAGUUUGAGACUAUCCAGUUCUCCAAACCGCCAAAUGAAACUGAUUUAAUGGAACUAGCAGUUAGAUCCCAUCCUGACUGUUUGGACUAUACAGUUUUCAAGUCCCCAAGCCUGAAACUUUUGGACCAUCAGUUAUUCACCCAGCCUGAAAGACUAGUUUGACUAACAUAUUAGAUCCCCAGCACGGACUGUUUGAGAACUAUCAAAAAUUAGUCCCCAAACAACCGACUGUUUUGGACUGAAAAUCCACCUUACCCUGUCAUCAAAAAAAGGACAACAUGUUUGGCUAGACAAUGCAGCAAACACAUGCUGAUGUACAACAUCUGAGGUGAAAAAAGAACUCAGGCUCGUUAGUCCACAAACAAGCAAUAAAAACAAUCGGUGGAUAAAUAACCGGUAGAACUCAGGCUAUGUAGAAAAAUCCCACUCUCUGUGUUAACUCCUGUUGGAAAACUCAAAGCUAGUUAAUAUAAUCACCCACAGCAACUCAGUCUGAUGUACCAUCCUGUUGGAACUACAUGCUAACUUAGCCACCCAGCGCUCUGUGUAACUACCUGAAUUGAACCAGGCAGUUAAUCCCCACUCUCUGUUAACAUCCUGUUGGCAACUCAGGCUCAAAAUUUUUAGGCCACAGCUCUCUGUGUAACAUCACAAUUGUUUGGAACUACAGGCUACUUAGUCCCCAGCUCAAUCUGUUAAACCCAAUCUGUUGGAACUCGGCUAGUUAGUGCCCAACAGCUCUCUGUAACAUCCUGUUUAAUGCACUCAGCUAUUAAAAGUCCCCCGCGUCUCUGAUGUAACAAUCCUGUGGAAACUCAGGCUAGAUUAGUCCCCAGCUCUCUGUGUAAUAUCUGAUUUUUAAGAAACUCAGCUAUUAGUCCCCCGCUACCAAAUGUUUACCAUCCAAUGUUGGAACUCAGCUAGUAUAGUACCCAAAAGCAGCUCUCUUUGUAAACAUACCUGUUAAAGGACCUCAGGCAAAAUAGUAAUAGUCCCCAUCUCUCUGUGUAACAGCCUGUUGAAUGCUUAUCAUGACACGUGGCACAUGGGGAAUUUGGAUGGUAUGAAUAGCUGUAUCAGGGCUGGAAAUGUCAAAAAUUGAAAAGAGAGAGCUCCCAAUACAUAAUGUCCCUGACAUUCCUAAUAAUUUAAUGUCAUCUCUGUUCUGUUUCCAAAAAUCCUCGCAACUCAAUCCUCCUUCCAUCUCCUCUCCUCUAACCUCUCCUCUCCUCAUCCUCAAUCCUCUCCUCUGAGCAUUCCAUGUGUCUGACCCAGUAUUACUGUAACUCCAAAAUUCAUAAAAAAAAAAAAAAUGUUAUCUGUCCACUAUGGGGCUUAGACGGACCCAUGAUAACUACCAUCAUUAUAACAUCUGGGCCCCAAUGCUAGGACUGGACCCAGUUCUCCAAUCCUCAACUCUCCCCAGUAACUACAAAUAAGCAACAACACACACAACAGUGAUCUGGCAGGGUGGGUCACUGGGAUAACAUACUGCAUAGAGGUGUAGCCUAGCUAAAUCUGAGGUCUGAAGGGGUUCGAACUCUAGUUGUUAACUCACAAUCCAUGGAGGUUAAUUUCUGUUUCUUCUUUCUGUGUUCUCAAUGCAUGAAGCUCCCCUGUUGAAUGGCAGAUCGGGGGUGUUGCACAGAGCGGGAGAAUCGACUGCUGUGUAGAACAGAGAGAGGACUGGCUGGAUAUGAACAGAGAGGACUGCUGUGGUAGAACAGAGAGAGGACUGCUGUGUAGAACAGCGAGAGGACUGCUGUGUAGAACAAGAGAUGACUGCUGUUUUAGAACAGAGAGGACGCUGUGUAAGAACAGAGAGAGGACUGGCGGUUAGAACAGAGAGAGGACUGCUGUGGUAAACGAGAGAGGAUGCGGUGUUAACAGAGAGAGACUGCUGUGUAGAAACAUAAGAGGACUGUGCUUGGAUCGACCAGAGAGACUUCCAUCAGCAAGGGCAUGAAGAUGAAACGUGGCUGGGUCUUUCAGCAUGACAAUGAUCCCAAACACACCGCCCGGGCAACGAAGGAGUGGCUUCGUAAGAAGCAUUUCAAGGUCCUGGAGUGGCCUAGCCAGUCUCCAGAUCUCAACCCCAUAGAAAAUAUUUGGAGGGAGUUGAAAGUCUGUGUUGCCCAGCGACAGCCCCAAAACAUCACUGCUCUAGAGGAGAUCUGCAUGGAGGAAUGGGCCAAAAUAUCAGCAACAGUGUGUGAAAGCCUUGUGAAGACAUACAGAAAACGUUUGACCUGUGUCAUUGCCAACAAAGGGUAUAUAACAAAGUAUUGAGAAACUUUUGUUAUUGACCAAAUACUUAUUUUCCACCAUAAUUUGCAAAUAUAUUCAUUAAAAAUCCUACAAUGUGAUUUUCUGGAUUAUUUUUCUCAUUUUGUCUGUCAUAGUUGACGUGUACCUAUGAUGAAAAUUACAGGCCUCUCUCAUCUUUUUAAGUGGGAGAACUUGCACAAUUGGUGGCUGACUAAAUACUUUUUUCCCCCACUGUAGCUGUGAUUAACAUCUGGACCUUAUUAAAAUGCUUUAAUUCUGAACACACACACUGACGUAUAACUGUGUUAUGUUAAUAGACCCAGUAUGGUUAUCUAAACACUAUUUUUAAUAAAAACUGUUAGCUGAAAAUAGGACCAGUGGAAUAAAGCGCUGUGUCCAAUGACGUAUAUAAACCCUGGAUUGCUGAUGCUAUGUAUUGGCCAGUGAAAGGCUUUGGAGCCACCGGGCGGCCAUAUUGGUGCCCCCCAGUAGCGGCCAUAUUGGUGCCCCCCAGUAGCGGCCAUAUUGGUACCCCCCAGUAGGAGCUGUCCUCCAUAGGAAUGAAUGGAAUUCUAGACUCCAUUAAUUAAAUGUUUCAAGGACAAAAUUCACCACUGUAUGCUAAGGCCCAUAUUGUUUAGUGACAAACUAAUUGUUAUGAUGAGUUUCUAGGGUAUCAAGUCAUUAAGAAUGUAAGGAUAUACUUAGACACUUUUGAUGGGGAGUUCAUAUAAGAUAUUUAAUAUGUACCAUGGUUAGUUAUAACAGAAGACAUAGCCCUGCCUCUGGACAUUCUGAACUCGCUUGAACAAAGAAGAUCCUCUCAGCUUAUAAUACCCUCUGUUACACGUUUCUUCACAAACAUCUGGUACCCAUCGGUGGGCAUUACCUUCUUUGAUGUUAUUAUCCUUUACCCCAAAUCACUAUAUCCUGUCCAUCAAUGAUUCUAAGAUCAACAUCAGUAAUCUCCUUUGACAUAAGGAAUGCAGACUCUGUGGCACCAAGCCACUUAUCGACCAACUCUAACCUGGGUCACACAACACUAUGAAAUGACAUCAUUACACUAAUACAUAACUUCCUGUUACUAAUACAUCACUUCCUGUCUCUGUGUAGGGCUAACGGUGGCCUCGGCCCUGGUGGAUGUGUCUCAGCAGAUGUGUCUUGGUUACAAGGAGAAGUCAGGUGGUCUGAGGAACAGGAAGCAACAAGCCUCUGCACAGCCCUCCACCUGUAUCUGACCACACCCCCUGCCCCUGGACCCCGCCCUGCUCCACCCUAACCCCUCCCCCCGCCCCAGAGACUACAGCCCCGGACUGGAGGAAGGGAGGGAGGGAGGGGGUUUCCUGGGGGAGGAGGAGGGGUGUGGGAGAGGGACGUCUGAUGGACUGUUACACGCUGCGGGGGGAAACACACCUGGCUGAGACAUUUGGAGCUUUGGGGGAGAGAAAGAAAGAAAAUACAUUAGUCCAGAUUAGAGGAGGAGAAGCACAGCUUUAUCACUGUCUGCUAAACUACCAGGCAUUCUGCUUGGUAUGCUGUCUGUCUGUCUGCUAGACUACCAGGCAUUCUGCUUGGUAUGCUGUCUGUCUGUCUGCUAAACUACCAGUCAUUCUGCUUGGUAUGCUGUCUGUCUGUCUGCUAGACUACCAGGCAUUCUGCUUGGUAUGCUGUCUGUCUGUCUGCUAAACUACCAGGCAUUCUGCUUGGUAUGCUGUCUGUCUGUCUGCUAAACUACCAGGCAUUCUGCUUGGUAUGCUGUCUGUCUGUCUGCUAGACUGUCUACUAAACUACCAGGCAUUCUGCUUGGUAUGCUGUCUGUCUGUCUGCUAAACUACCAGUCAUUCUGCUUGGUAUGCUGUCUUGUCUGUCUGCUAGACUGUCUGCUAAACUACCAGUCAUUCUGCUUGGUAUGCUGUCUGUCUGUCUGUCUGCUAGACUGUCUGCUAAACUACCAGUCAUUCUGCUUGGUAUGCUGUCUGUCUGUCUGUCUGCUAGACUGUCUGCUAAACUACCAGUCAUUCUGCUUGGUAUGCUGUCUGUCUGUCUGUCUGCGUUCUACUAACAGAUGAACAACAAGCUAAUACAGUUUGUUUCUACACCUCACCAGUUAUAUCAGUUAGUCCCCAGCCUGACUGUUUGGACUAUCAGUUAGUCCCCAGCCUGACUGUUUGGACUAUCAGUUAGUCCCCAGCCUGACUGUUUGGACUAUCAGUUAGUCCCCAGCCUGACUGUUUGGACUAUCAGUUAGUCCCCAGCCUGACUGUUUGGACUAUCAGUUAGUCCCCAGCCUGACUGUUUGGACUAUCAGUUAGUCCCCAGCCUGACUGUUUGGACUAUCAGUUAGUCCCCAGCCUGACUGUUUGGACUAUCAGUUAGUCCCCAGCCUGACUGUUUGGACUAUCAGUUAGUCCCCAGCCUGACUGUUUGGACUAUCAGUUAGUCCCCAGCCUGACUGUUUGGACUAUCAGUUAGUCCCCAGCCUGACUGUUUGGACUAUCAGUUAGUCCCCAGCCUGACUGUUUGGACUAUCAGUUAGUCCCCAGCCUGACUGUUUGGACUAUCAGUUAGUCCCCAGCCUGACUGUUUGGACUAUCAGUUAGUCCCCAGCCUGACUGUUUGGACUAUCAGUUAGUCCCCAGUCUGACUGUUUGGACUAUCAGUUAGUCCCCAGCCUGACUGUUUGGACUAUCAGUUAGUCCCCAGCCUGACUGUUUGGACUAUCAACUCCCUGUCAAUCAUGACAAACAUGUUUGGCUAGACAAUGACAGCAACAAUGACUGUUUAACAUCCUGUUGGAACUCAGGCUAGUUAGUCCCCAGCUCUCUGUGUAACAUCCUGUUGGAACUCAGGCUAGUUAGUCCCCAGCUCUCUGUGUAACAUCCUGUAGGAACUCAGGCUAGUUAGUCCCCAGCUCUCUGUGUAACAUCCUGUAGGAACUCAGGCUAGUUAGUCCCCAGCUCCCUGUGUAACAUCCUGUAGGAACUCAGGCUAGUUAGUCCCCAGCUCUCUGUGUAACAUCCUGUUGGAACUCAGGCUAGUUAGUCCCCAGCUCUCUGUGUAACAUCCUGUAGGAACUCAGGCUAGUUAGUCCCCAGCUCUCUGUGUAACAUCCUGUAGGAACUCAGGCUAGUUAGUCCCCAGCUCUCUGUGUAACAGCCUGUUGGAACUCAGGCUAGUUAGUCCCCAGCUCUCUGUGUAACAGCCUGUUGGAACUCAGGCUAGUUAGUCCCCAGCUCUCUGUGUAACAUCCUGUUGGAACUCAGGCUAGUUAGUCCCCAGCUCUCUGUGUAACAUCCUAUAGGAACUCAGGCUAGUUAGUCCCCAGCUCUCUGUGUAACAGCCUGUUGGAACUCAGGCUAGUUAGUCCCCAGCUCUCUGUGUAACAUCCUGUUGGAACUCAGGCUAGUUAGUCCCCAGCUCUCUGUGUAACAUCCUAUAGGAACUCAGGCUAGUUAGUCCCCAGCUCUCUGUGUAACAUCCUGUAGGAACUCAGGCUAGUUAGUCCCCAGCUCUCUGUGUAACAUCCUGUAGGAACUCAGGCUAGUUAGUCCCCAGCUCUCUGUGUAACAUCCUGUAGGAACUCAGGCUAGUUAGUCCCCAGCUCUCUGUGUAACAUCCUGUUGGAACUCAGGCUAGUUAGUCCCCAGCUCUCUGUGUAACAUCCUGUUGGAACUCAGGCUAGUUAGUCCCCAGCUCUCUGUGUAACAUCCUAUAGGAACUCAGGCUAGUUAGUCCCCAGCUCUCUGUGUAACAUCCUGUAGGAACUCAGGCUAGUUAGUCCCCAGCUCUCUGUGUAACAGCCUGUUGGAACUCAGGCUAGUUAGUCCCCAGCUCUCUGUGUAACAUCCUGUUGGAACUCAGGCUAGUUAGUCCCCAUCUCUCUGUGUAACAUCCUGUAGGAACUCAGGCUAGUUAGUCCCCAGCUCUCUGUGUAACAGCCUGUUGGCAUGAUGGCAGGUGGAACUGGGAGUGUGGUGGUUAGCUGUAUCAGGGCUGGUGUCUUGGAGAGAGAGAUCCCAAUCUAAGGUCCCUGACAUUCCUAAUAAUUUAUGUCUCUCUGUUCUGUUUCUCUCUCCUCUCCUCUCCUCUCCUCUCCUCUCCUCUCCUCUCCUCUCCUCUCCUCUCCUCUCCUCUGCUUCCAUGUGUCUGACCCAGUAUACUGUAACUACCAUCAUGUCAUCUGGUCCACUAUGCUGGACAGGACCCAGGAUAACUACCAUCAUGUCAUCUGGGCCACAAUGCUGGACUGGACCCAGUUCUCCAGAUCUCCUCUCCCAGUCUCAAUAAAAGCCAACACACACAGUGAUUGGCAGGGUGGGUUAACUGGAUAUCUGCAUAGAGAGUGUUAGCUAGCUAGCUGAGGGUCUGAAGGGGUUCGAAACUCUAGUUGUUAACUCACAAAUCCAUGGAGGUUAAUUUCUGUUUCUGUGUUCUCAAUGCAUGAAGCUCCCUGUUGAAUGGCAGAUCGGGGUGUGGCACAGAGCUGGAGAUCGGACUGCUGUGUAGAACAGAGAGAGGACUGCUGGAUAGAACAGAGAGGACUGCUGUAUAGAACAGAGAGAGGACUGCUGUAUAGAACAGAGAGAGGACUGCUGUGUAUAACAGAGAGAGGACUGCUGGAUAGAACAGAGAGAGGACUGCUCUGUAGAACAGAGAGAGGACUGCUGUGUAGAACAGAGAGAGGACUGCUGUAUAGAACAGAGAGAGGACUGCUGGAUAGAACAGAGAGAGGACUGCUGUAUAGAACAGAGAGAGGACUGCUGUAUAGAACAGAGAGAGGACUGCUGUGUAUAGAACAGAGAGAGGACUGCUGUGUAGAACAGGAGAGAGGACUGGACUGCUGGAUAGAACAGGAGAGAGGACUGCUGUGUAGAACAGAAGAGAGGACUGCUGUGUAG